GAGGAGGAGAAGAAGAAGUUGUCUCCGGUGGAUGAGGUGAAGGUCGGAGUUGUUCAGGACUCUGAGACGUGAUGUGCAGUGUGAGGACGCCCCCUGCUGGAGGAAUAACACGAGUCAUUCUAUACAGGAUGUACUAAAUACUCAUCAUCAGCAGAUAAGGGUCGAAAGUCUCUGGGAGCUGAUGUGGAUGUGAAUUCAGCAGCAUCUGGCAAGCAGGUGGGGGCUCUACUAUGAAUCGGUAUGGAAACAGAGAGUGGGGAUUCCCUCCCUUUAAAACCACUCUAUGGGGAGAACGUGAAAGCCACACCAGAGCUCAGAGGCUUUAUCAGAGACAGCACAAUCCUGAACCGGCCUCUAGGUCCAUGAGAAGUUACCAGUCUAUGGAGAAUCUUAUGUCCUUCAAAUAUCAACAACACUCUGUUAAUCAAAGGCUUUAUCAGAGACAGCACAAUCCUGAACCGGCCUCUAGGUCCAUGAGAAGUUACCAGUCUAUGGAGAAUCUUAUGUCCUUCAAAUAUCAACAACACUCUGUUUAUCAAAGGCUUUAUCAGAGACAGCACAAUCCUGAACCGGCCUCUAGGUCCAUGAGAAGUUACCAGUCUAUGGAGAAUCUUAUGUCCUUCAAAUAUCAACAACACUCUGUUUAUCAAAGGCCUUAUCAGAGACAGCACAAUCCUGAACCGCACUGUUUGUCCAUGAGGAGUGACCGGUCUGUUGGUCGUCUUCUGUCCUUCAAAGACCAACAACCCUCUGUUAAUCAAAGGCCUUAUCAGAAACAGCACAAUCCUGAACCGGACUGUGUGUCCAUGAGGAGUGACCGGUCUAUUGGUGGUCUUCUGUCCUUCAAAGACCAACAACCCUCUGUUAAUCAAAGGUCUUAUCAGAAACAGCACAAUCCUGAACCAGACUGUGUGUCCAUGAGGAGUGACCGGUCUAUUGGUCGUCUUCUGUCCUUCAAAGACCAACAACCCUCUGUUAAUCAAAGAGUGGACCAGGAGAGCUCAGAGGUUCCCAGUGCUCAGUCUGCCCAGCGGCAUAAAACACAGCAGGACUCCAUAUUUAUGCUGCUGGAGGAGAACGUGGUAACUUUUGUGAAGGACGAGCUGAAGAAGAUUCAAAAGUUUCUGAAUUUAGAUUACCCAGAAUACUUAGAGGAUGAGAAGGUGUUGGACGGUGAAGAUGAAGAGCAGAGGAGGAGCAGCAGAGAAUCAUUUCUGAAGAUCACAUUGAACUUCCUGAGGAGAAUGAAGCAGGAGAAGAUGGCUGACUGUCUGCAGAGCAGACAUAUUGCUGCUGUUUGUCAACGAAAACUCAAAUCUAACCUGAAGAAGAAGUUCCAGUGUGUAUUUGAGGGGAUCGCUAAAGCAGGAAACCCAACCCUUCUGAACCAGAUCUACACAGAGCUCUACAUCACAGAGGGAGGGACUGGAGAGGUCAAUGAUGAACAUGAGGUCAGACAGAUUGAAACAGCAUCCAGGAAACCAUUCAGACCAGAAACAACCAUCAGACAAGAAGACAUCUUUAAAGCCUCACCUGGAAGAGACGGACCAAUCAGAAGAGUGAUGACAAAGGGAGUGGCUGGCAUUGGGAAAACAGUCUUAACACAGAAGUUCACUCUGGACUGGGCUGAAGACAAAGCCAACCAGGACAUACAGUUCACAUUUCCAUUCACCUUCAGAGAGCUGAAUGUGCUGAAAGAGAGAAAGUUCAGCUUGGUGGAACUUGUUCAUCACUUCUUUACUGAAACCAAAGAAGCAGGAAUCUGCAGGUUUGAUCAGUUCCAGGUCGUGUUCAUCUUUGACGGUCUGGACGAGUGUCGACUUCCUCUGGACUUCCACAACACUGAGAGCCUGACUGAUGUUACAGAGUCCACCUCAGUGGACGUGCUGCUGACAAACCUCAUCAGGGGGAAACUGCUUCCCUCUGCUCGCCUCUGGAUAACCACACGACCUGCAGCAGCCAAUCAGAUCCCUCCUGAGUGUGUUGACGUGGUGACAGAGGUCAGAGGGUUCACUGACCCACAGAAGGAGGAAUACUUCAGGAAGAGGUUCAGAGAUGAGGAGCAGGCCAGCAGGAUCAUCUCCCACAUCAAGACAACACGAAGCCUCCACAUCAUGUGCCACAUCCCAGUCUUCUGCUGGAUCACUGCUACAGUUCUGGAGGAGGUGUUGAAAACCAGAAGGAGAGGAGAGCUGCCCAAGACCCUGACUGAGAUGUACAUCCACUUCCUGGUGGUUCAGCUAAAACUGAAGAAGGUCAAGUAUGAUGGAGGAGCUGAGACCGAUCCACACUGGAGUCCAGAGAGCAGGAAGAUGAUUGAGUCUCUGGGAAAACUGGCUUUUGAGCAGCUGCAGAAAGGAAACCUGAUCUUCUAUGAAUCAGACCUGACAGAGUGUGGCAUCGAUAUCAGAGCAGCCUCAGUGUACUCAGGAGUGUUCACACAGAUCUUUAAAGAGGAGAGAGGCCUGUACCAGGACAAGGUGUUCUGCUUCGUCCAUCUGAGUGUUCAGGAGUUUCUGGCUGCUCUUCAUGUCCAUCUGACCUUCAUCAAGUCUGGAGUCAAUCUGAUGUCAGGAGAAGAAUCAACCUCCCAGAAGUCUGAAAGAAGAGAGGAAGAGGAAGAUGAAGUAGAUAAAUCUGCAGAGACACAUUUCUACCAGAGAGCUGUGGACAAGGCCUUACAGAGUCCAAAUGGACACCUGGACUUGUUCCUCCGCUUCCUACUGGGCCUUUCACUGCAGACCAAUCAGAAAUGCCUACAAGGUCCGCUGACACUGACAGGAAGUAGCUCACAGACCAAUCAGGAAACAGUCAGGUAUGUUCAGAUGAAAAUUGAGACAAAUCUGUCUGCAGAGAAGAGCAUCAACCUGUUCCACUGUCUGAAUGAACUGGAUGAUCGUUCUCUAGUGGAGGAGAUCCAACAGUCCCUGAGAUCAGGACGUCUCUCCACAGAUAAACUGUCUCCUGCUGAAUGGUCAGCUCUGGUCUUCAUCUUACUGUCCUCAGAAGAAGAUCUGGACGUGUUUGACCUGAAGAAAUACUCUGCUUCAGAGGAGGCUCUUCUGAUGCUGCUGCCAGUGGUCAAAGCCUCCAGGAAAGCUCUACUGAGGGGCUGCAGCCUUUCAUGGAGAAGCUGUGGAGCUCUCUCCUCAGUCCUCAGCUCCCAGUCCUCUAGUCUGAGAAACCUGGACCUGAGUAACAACAAACUGCAGGAUUCAGGAGUGAAGCUGCUGUCAACUGGACUGCAGAGUCCAGACUGUACACUAAAAACUCUCAGACUGAGUGACUGUAACCUCUCAGAUACAAGUCUUGAAGCUAUUUCGUCAGUCCUCAGCUGCCAGUUGUCUAGUCUGAGAAACCUGGACCUGAGUAACAACAACCUGCAGGAUUCAGGAGUGAAGCUGCUGUCAACUGGACUGCAGAGUCCAAACUGUACACUGGAAAUUCUCAGUCUAUCAGGCUGUAUGAUCAAAGAGAGAGGCUUUACUUCUCUGGCCUCAGCACUGACCUUUAACCCCUCCCAUCUGAGAGAGCUGGACCUGAGCUACAAUCAUCCAGGAGUCUCAGGAGUGAAGCUUCUUGCUGCUGGACUGGAGGAUCCACACUGGAGACUGGAGACUCUCAGGGUGGAGCAUUGUGGAGUCCAAUGCAUGAGACCAGGUCUGAAGAAGUAUUCCUGUGAAGUCACACUCGACACAAACACAGUACAUACAAACAUCAAACUGUCUGACAACAACAGGACAGUGACACGUGUUGAGGAGGAUCAGUCAUAUCCUGAUCAUCCAGACAGAUUUGACUUCUGGCCUCAGCUGCUGUGUAGAACUGGUCUGACUGGUCGCUGCUACUGGGAGGUCGAGUGUAGAGGUGAUGUUGAAAUUUCAGUGAGUUACAGAGGAAUCAGAAGGAGAGGAAACAGUGAAGACUGUGUGUUUGGAAAGAACGAUCAGUCCUGGAGUCUGUUCUGCUCUCAUGAUGGUUACUCUGUCUGUCACAAUAACAGAGAAACAUCCAUCUGCUCCUCCCCCCAAUCCUCCUUGCGAUUACGCUCCUCCAAUCUACGUUCAUCCACCCGAUUCCUCACCCUCCCUGACCAAUUGCUUUUCUCCUCCUGCAAAUCCAAUUCUUCCACAAAGCCCCCUUCCCAAGUCAGUUCCCCCUACUCCUCCUCCUCCAUCAAUUCCCCCUCCACAUUACUCUCCUCCUCCUCCUCCUCCUCUUCCUCUGUCUCUAACAGAGUAGCAGUGUAUGUGGACUGUCCUGCUGGCUCUCUCUCCUUCUACAGAGUCUCCUCUGACUCACUGAUCCACCUCCACACCUUCAACACCACAUUCACUGAACCUCUGUAUCCCGGGUUUGGGUUCUGGCCUGACUCCUCAGUGACUCUGUGUUCUCUGUAGUAGACAGAACCUCCACCUGUAAGAGAAACCCGCUGCUGACCAGAUAUUUCACUUUGUUCAGAUCGUUAUUUAGCACCAACCAGGGUUGCUUUCUUCAGAAUGAAUCCAGACCAACAUCCUGUUUUCAGGUGAAAAUCAUGUUUAUUUUCAAGUUAAUUUGUUUUUUUAAACUUAAAUUGUUGAUCCUCAAUGACGUUAUCUUGAAUAACUGCGCUCUUGUUUUCUGCUUGGCUGAGUGGUGGUCAUGUGAUUUCAUCUGUGUUGUGUUAGGAACCCUCCCAGAAUGCACUGGGGCAAAAAGAAUGUAUGUAUAAAAGUAUCAUUUUAUACGUGUUCCUGAAUUCCAACAUUGAAUUUUUUGCAUUCCAAUGUGACCUAUGUUUCCAAACUUUCACUUUUAAAUAUCAGAUAUUACCAGUGGAUGUGAUGUGUGUCUUUAAAUUUAAAAUAAAAUAACGCAUACUAAAUUAAA